AUGGAAGCUUUGUUACAGAACAAAAACUCGGGUUAUCAUGCCCGUGAAACAUACCUAAAUAUUCAUGCUAGAACCAAUCUUGCCAAACUUGAUCCUGAUGGUGCAGUAAAGAUUGUUAACUACGAAAUGAAUGUUUCACUGGGGUGUGCGAUAUACUACAUGGAUGUGGUAUCAUAG